AUGAAUUUAUCCUUGCAGGACCCAUUUUCAGUAGCUAAAGAGUUUCCUGAGAACCUUACAACUAGCCUCAACUACGGACACUCUGUUGCUAUCCAGUUCAACCACAAUGGAGACUACUUGGCGUCUGGACUUUCGGAUGGAUCGAUAGUCAUAUAUGAAAUGAUGUCUAGUGGGAUAAUAGCACACAUCACCGAGGAUUGCCAUGUACGACCGAUAACUUCGAUUACGUGGUCUAGAUGUGGGCGAUAUUUGUUGACUUCGUCACAAGAUUGGUAUUGCAAAUUGUGGGAUUUAAAUUUAAUCAACAGUAAAGAUACUUCACCGGUGAUACGACAAGUCAAAUUUGAUGGUCCCAUAUGGCUGUCCAACAUCCAUCCUGAAAACCAUUUUCAUUUUGUAGCGUCCCUAUUUGAUGAUUCGCCGGUAUUUGUUAACUUGGAGAAUGAAACACCUCAGGUUACAAAAUUGAGAACUGAUCCAUUGGUGGAAAGUGAUGAGGGUGAAGAUGGAGAAAACUCCAAUGACGACGAACCAAGAAAAAAGAGGAAGAACAACAAACAAAAUGACAACCAUCGUACGUUGGUUACUACUUUCACCCCAGAAGGACUGUACGUAUUGACCGGUACCAGCAAAGGUUGGCUAAAUAUUUUCCGGACCAUAGAUUUAAAACUAAUACACUCGAGCAAGAUUGCCAAUUCAAAUGUGAAAAACAUUGCUAUUUCGCCGAAUGGAAGGAAAUUGGCACUCAAUUUUUCGGAUCGUAUAAUCAGACAAUUUAAUCUUCCGGAUGUUGUGAAUAAUGAAGCGGAAGGCGGUAUUGAUACGGUAGAGUGGGACUUUGAAGUCGACCACAAGUAUCAGGAUGUUGUCAAUAGACUACAGUGGAAUGCGAUAUCAUUCAACAACAAUGCAGACUUUUUAAUUGCUUCAACACAUGGCCAAUCGUCGCACGAUUUGUAUCUUUGGGAGACGUCAAUGGGGUCAUUGAUAAAGAUUUUAGAAGGAUCUAACGAAGAAUUGAUUGACGUAAAGUGGAACUACAAUAGAUGCAAGAUUGGGUCCGUAGGACUUGAUAGUGGGAUCAUAUACAUUUGGCUGGUUCAGUUCCCACAAAAAUGGAGUGCAUUAGCUCCCGAUUUUGUUGAAGUGGAGGAGAAUAUUGAUUACGUGGAGAAGGAAGAUGAGUUUGAUAUUCUUGAUGAAACAGAGUUGAAUAAAAAGAGGUUGGAAGAGGAGGUGAUGGAAAUUGAUGUGACUACAAAGGAGACUACAGAUGCCAGAGGGUUUGAUAUCACACAAGAAUCGUUUAUAAUACCAAUAGACUAUGAAAAAGAAUUGUACAGAUAG